AUGCCUGCUGAUUUCCUACACAACGAACGCCUUCCCGGCGAGUACAUUCCCACUGUCUUCGACAACUACUCGGCGAGUGUGAUGGUCGAUGGAAAGCCGAUUAGCUUGGGACUCUGGGAUACUGCUGGUCAGGAGGAUUACGACAGACUGCGCCCGCUUUCUUACCCCCAGACCGACGUCUUCCUCAUUUGCUUCUCGAUUGUCAGCCCGCCAUCAUUUGACAACGUCAAGGCCAAGCCUCGCCACGUGGGCAUCAGCACUAAUGAUACGCAGUGGUACCCCGAGAUCGAUCAUCAUGCGCCGAAUAUUCCCAUCAUUCUCGUCGGCACCAAGCUCGAUUUGAGAGAGGACCCCAACACCCUCGAGUCGCUCCGCCAGAAGCGCAUGGAGCCCGUCUCGUAUGAUCAGGCCCUGAUCUGUGCUAAGGAGAUCAAGGCGCACAAGUACCUCGAGUGCUCUGCUCUGACGCAGCGAAAUCUCAAGAGUGUUUUCGACGAGGCUAUUCGCGCUGUCCUGAACCCCCGACCCGUGCCUCAGCAGAAGAAGAAGUCCAAGUGCACGAUUUUGUAA